AUGCGCGAUCUCCGGAAACAGGCUCUUGAGAGCCACAAGACCAUGUCGCGCAAAGCCCGUUCGCGCGUCGCAUCUACAACUGCCUCGAAGACAACUUCAGCAGUUGGAUCGCCAGCACAGUCACGCGCCGCCAGUCGCGUCCGACAUGAACAUGACUCGGAGGAUGAGGACGACUUCAGCGACGGAACUGCUUGGAGCACAGCAUCCAUCGACGAUGUCCUCAACGGUGAGGACGUGAACAUACCUGAAGACGCGUGGAAGUCUGAGCUCAACACGCGCAUCGAGCAAAUCACCAACCUCAAGCGCAGCAGCACCGAAGGCCGCACCGAAAGCCUAAAAGCAUAUGCCCACAUCCUCAAGGCCCGCUAUGCAAGGGACGAGGUCGAGGGGCAUGUAGCGGAACUGGUGUCGUCGAUGAUUAAGAGCAUCAGGCAGGAAACCACAGAGGCCGAGGUCGUUGAAGCCCUCAAAGCACUGGCUGUCACCGCCGUGACUCUUGACUCCGAUAGCAUCUACGAUGACGUGGCCGACCAACUCAAGCGCUCGAUACAGUCUUCUUCUUCCAUUGCCAUCAAAGUCAAUGCGAUCCACACCCUUGGCACAACUGCCUUCUUCGCCGGCGCCGGCGACGGUGAGAUCUUGGACAUCAUGAACCUGUUCAUCGAGAUUGUCGAAUCAGACGGCGCAUCCAUCGAUGCACAAGACGAGGGGAACGUUGUGAUUGCCGCGUUAGAAGAAUGGGGUCUCCUAGCGACCGAGAUCGAAGACCUAGAAGAGGAAACAGAGGCUGCAAUGGAAGCUUUCGUCGAGCAGCUUGAGAGCGCUGACUCUGGUGUUCAGAUCGCAGCAGGCGAGAACAUUGCACUCCUCUACGAAAAGUCCCUUACCCCACAAGAAGAAGAUGAGGACGCACCAGAAGACGAAGACUCUGACGACCCAGAGCACGUUCGGAAUGGCGAGCGAUUAGUGAAGCGCUACACCGUCUACCGAAGACAAGACCAGCUUCUACAUACGCUCGAUGAACUCGCCAACGUCUCCACGCGCCGUAUCUCCAAGAAGGACCGCAAGGCACUACACUCGUCCUUUGCAGAUAUCCGCAACACUGUCGAGAAGCCUAGUCGCGGUCCUGCUUACUCCACGGCUCUACAUGAGGAGACUGGCAAGGCCUAUGGAGCGGGCAGAAUGAAGGUCAAGAUCAACAAGAACGUGGAGAUUCGGAUCGACAAGUGGUGGAAGUUGCAGAGGCUAAACGCCCUGCGACGGACGCUGCAGGGUGGUUUCACUUACCAUUACGAUCAGAAUGAGAUGGUCUCGACGGCUCUUCCUUUCUCUAUGUCUGCAAGGCGGUAA